CGGUCACUAGGUGGCGAUGUUUCACGUGUAGACAGCAGGAAGUGAAAUAAUAUCCACAUCACAUCCGUAAACCACACACAACAAAAGGUUCGGAUCGCUCCUACCGAAGUCCUGCCCAGCCACUCUGUAGAUGCCAUCUGGAGCGCCAGCAGGGGAGAACUGUCUCGUAGACAUGGACAGUAAGGCUGGAGAUCUGUUCAGCGCUGAGGAUGCUCAUCCAACUGGUGCAGGGGGAGCUGGGAUCUUGGCGCGGCUCUGGCUCCCCAAAGGCCUCUCAGUCAGUACGGCUAAAGAGUGGAUUGACAGGCGUCGGGUGUCCAUCCGACCGUGGGCCAGCUUUGUGGACCAACGCAAGUUUUCAAAACCCCGCAACUUUGGAGAGUUGUGCCAGCGGGUGGUGAAAAACGUGGACACGUUCAACAGCAACUACACCUUCAUCUUCAUGGGUCUUAUCCUCUACUGCAUUAUCAGCUCUCCCAUGCUACUGAUUGCCUUGGCGGUGUUUGCUGGUGCCUUCUACAUAAUUCACCUCAAGUCCCAGGAGUCCAAACUGGUUGUCCUGGGCAAGGAGCUGACAGUGCCUCACCAGAUGAGUCUGGCCGGAGCCGUUUCUCUACCUGUGUUCUGGCUGGCCGGAGCUGGAGCUGCAGUCUUUUGGGUUCUAGGAGCGACGCUGUUUGUGAUUGGCUCUCACGCUGCGUUCCGGGAGCUCGAGACAUCUGAUAUGGAAGAGCUCUUCAUGGAGCCUGUAUGAAGGGCAGACUGAAGCCCCAGCGUUUGCUGGCCAACUAUCAGUACUCACUUUUACCCCACUUCUAUCAUGGCCAUGUGGGUUGAGGAAGAACUGCUCCUAGAUCUGUUCCUUAGCUAUGCGUGUGUCUUGUAUUUCCUGUAUUAGAAUGCACCUUGUCUUGCCUCUAAAGUAGUUAUUGUUACAGACUCAUUCAUACACUAUACCUUCAAUAUACACAAAUGAUACAUUUUGAAUAAGUAAGAUUAUAUGCCUUUUAUCUACAUAUGUUACGCCUUGGAUGCCUCUGGUUAGUGACAAAUCGCCUUUUACUCCCUGCAGCGUCUCAUAUAAACUGACAUAUCUUUAAACGUACUGAUCUCUGCUGCUGGAUGUCUCCAAAGUAGUUUCUGGAUCCAAAGUCUCAGACAAGAUGACUCAUUUCUGAUGUAUAGAUUGUUUAUAUAGUAAAUGCAUUGUUUGCAAUUAUGAACUGCUAAGAAAAUAAGACGAAUUUUGCAAAGGAUAAGUGCCAUUUAAAGCUUUAUGGUGAUCAUGCACAAGGAAAACUAAAUGUUUUACUUAAAAGGGUACAAAGUUACUCACCUGUUUCGGUUUAUAUCGUUAAAGGUCAGUGCGUAGUAAUUAUUUUUUGUAUUGGGGAUAACAUGGUGCUUUGGUGUCUUUUGGUGUUUGAUGCAUACUUGUCAGACCUGCUCACAAUAUUCAGAUCAGAACGUUACUCUGUAAACCUGAAAUCUUUCUUCCAUUUUAUAUUCAUGUGUUUAAAUUUUGAUGUAAAUUGGGUUUAAUUUAAAUUCUGGAAGUGCAAUAAAAUCGUUAUGUAAAGAUUUGA